UCGUGUCGGCGGCCAACUUGGCAUAGCCGGUCAGUCCAAGUCAGACAACACAGCAGUUGGACAAAUCGCGGUACCGCUGGAUACUGCGACUCUUUUCUCGAAUUCUCGACAGCAACCGGACCGAUGAAGAUCUUCGCUGUAGUAUUCACCUCAUUGCUGCUGGUGGGGGUUUCGCUUGCCGAGGACGAUGAAGCGACAGAGCAGGUGGAAACGAUCGAGGAUUUGAUUCCCGAAGGAACAGGCUACGAGAAGCACCCUGGGGCCGACACUCACAUUCUCUUCACGAAGCCCGGCGGUGGAUACCGGCUUGUUUCUGGACAGGAAGCUCACAUUCUGCUCGGCUUCAUCAAUCGGGCGUCCGAAGAUCUCUUUAUCGACACGCUCGACGCAUCUUUCCGACUCGCGGGAGAUUACAACUCCGUGAUUCAGAACUUGUCGGCCGUCGGAUACAACCGUAAGCUCAGUACUGGACAGGAAGCGUCUCUCUUCUACCAAUUCCACGUCGACAAUGUCUUCAGCGGCAUGCCCGUCGGUCUCGAGGUUUCUCUGAUGUACCACGACAGCGAAGGAAAAGUCUACCGCGAAGCCGUCUUCAACUCGACCCUGACCGUCGAGGAGCCCGAAGUGAGUUUCGACGCCGAAACCUUCUUCUUGUACGUGUUCCUCGCUGCCGCCAUCGUCCUCGGUGCCGUGCUUCUGUUGCAAUGCGUGUCGCGCAACAAGAAACCCAGCGGUCGGACGGAAACCGGCACGAAAGACGGCGACGUCGACUACGCAUGGCUUCCGUCGACUGUGCUCAAGCAAGGCACACCCAAAAGCACACGACAGAAGAAGAACAAGAGCGAGUGAAAUAGCAUGCCGUUUCGAACUCGACUCACGAUGGAUUCAACUCAGAUUGCAAAGUACGCUUCGACAGUGAGAUUGGCGAUCGGGGUUUUUGGCUUCAACUUCGAGACAUGGUUCGCGUUGGUCGCUCGAAAGGCGCGGAAUCGACCCGAUGCGAGCUCUGAGUUCAUCUGAAUUAUUUGAUGAGGAUCAAUUUACCGGUUGAUUAGAAUUUGGUCGAGACAGCGGGAGUUAGCAAUCAUCGGAAGGGCGCACAAAGUGCUUCGAGUGCGAGAGUAACCGGCGGCUUUUCAAACUUCGGUGGGUUAAACAUGUUUCGAUGAGGAAUGCUUGAGAAGAUCCGUACGGAAAUACUUCAUAUCAUACCGAGCCUGACGAAAAAAUCUCUAUUGAUAGACUCGGCCCAAAUCAGAUGAUAUGAUGCGUGCGCAGGUUUUCCCCCGUAGGCAUUCAGAUGCAUGGAACUGUAUCAAAAUACCCGCGGGAACAUCCACGCGUGCGAGGAUGACUCCGUUUAGGAGACUUAGAGUCGGAGAUAUGAAGAAUCCGAAUGUUGGGUGGUUGCUUGCUUGGUUGAUUGACUGGUUUAGAGAAAGAUUUUUCAAUCAAAGAAGUUCUUCAUUCAUCAUUAGUCCGAUCCAGGGGAAACGUGGGAGACAUCUUAUAUGAUGAUGAUGUAAAAAGUUACGCGAGUAGACGCGAUUAUUGGUAAUCUUAAUAAAGCAUCUAUAGGGGGAAUUUCUCUUACACUGUGA